UUUCCGGAUUGCGAUUGCGCGAAACUCCAUCACGACCUGCAUCGCUCUGGACGCAGAAAGAGGAAGAACGGUCCUUAAGCUCUUUAGGUUCGCCUGAAACUGCCAGAGUACAGAACUAAAGCCAAUAUGGCAGAAACAGAGAAGGGUGCUUCCUCAUCUUCCAAUUCAAGAGAGAAAAGCUCAUCACUAGAUCUGGAUAUUGGGAGCGACUUCCUCAACUCGUGGAAAUCAAUUUCCAUCGGGGAUGACCCUAUGUAUUUUGACUUUGGGCCUAUUCCCAAGAAUAAGAAAAAAGCAUUCAACUUUGACAAUGAGGAUAUGAAUUUCAAUCUUGACAGCGAUUUUAGCAAGAUGUCAUCCUUCAAAAUUGACAUGUCAGACCUUGAUAUUUCAUCUCCAUGCAAGAAAAGUGAAAAUACUAAGGGAAAACCCAAAGAAUCCUCAGGUGGCGAUAAUAAGGGAAUGUCAGGUGGCUUUACCUUCAACUUUGAUUUCAAGGAGUUGGAUAGUUUUAGUCUGCAGUCAAGCCCGAGGAAAGAAGAUCACAGUAAGAAGGAUCAAGAAAUUGGAAGCUUUUCCGGAGCAAGUGCACAACCAGGCUCCGGACUCAUAACUGAAGAUGGUGAUGCACUGGUUGCUGGUUCGCCCCAAAAGCACUAUGUACCUGAGAAGCCAGUAACCUCAAGAGCUGUUUCUUUGGUUGACAGUGGCCUAACUCCUGAUACUAUAGGCAAGAAUUUUUCUUUGGAGUGUUCUGGAAAUAGCCAUGAUGCGUCAAUAUCUUCCACCACCGUUACUCAUGAAUCUGAAUUACUUCAUACAAGAACAUCCACAAACACGCCCAAAACUGUAUUCCAACUUGAGAAGGGAAUCUCUCCAGAACCAGUUGCUCAGGAAGCUAUAGAAGAUUCUCACCAUUCUUCUGGGCAUGAGUCAAGCAACAAUGCACACUCUUCCUUGCUGGGAGAUGUUGGUUCCAUGGAAACAAAAACCAGUUCUUCAGAUGUAGAGAACGAUCUUGAAAAUAUAGUUGAUCUGGACUCAAAUGGCGAGAAAGCAAUGCAUGAAGGAGUUCCUGGACAUCACAACCACGCCUCACAGGAAACUGAUCAGGAGGGUGGCAAAUUUGAGAGUGACAAAGAUCUUUCAGUUAGCACUAUAGAGGGCAACAGUACACACUCUGAACACACUAAUAUUGCAAGUGCCAAGAAGAAUGACCAUUUCACAAAACUUACUGAACAGAUAGAAGAACCUAUUUCGCGAACACUUAAAUCCUUAUCAAGCAGUGGAUCUGCCGUUCACAAUUUGGUGAAAGGGAAAGGGGAAUGUAGUGCCAUCCAGUCAAAGUUUUUCAAGCCAUCAAUUGAGAUUGCUGCUCAAAAACAGAUGUCACUGAUACAGACAAAAUUUUUGGAUGUUGCUAACAAAAGAAUUGGCACAAGCCAACCAAAUCAAUCAGUUGACGGAAUGGUGCACAUUGGUCAAGAUGAAGAAAAUGGGACGAUAGCUGGUAUCACAUUGCCAGGAUCUAAACCAUUACCUAAAAUUAGCACUCCUCAGACAGGAUGUCAAGAAAGCUCUAAAGGUCUUUCUGCUAAAACUCUACAUGUCAAACCUUUGAGUUUGAGCCAGCAGAGCAAGUCCAUGCUACAAAACAGCAGAAAUCCAAGAGUUCUAGAAAGUUCUGUUCUAUCUUCAACAUCCAAGAACACUCUGGCUGAUAGCAACAAAAUCUGCCUGAUCAAGGGUGGCACUCAGAUACUGGGAUUAUCUAGCCCAAAACAUUCCAAAAAUUUGGGAGCAAGUCUUUCUGUAUCUCAAUCAUUGUUGCUCAAAGAUGGUAAAACCUCAAGGAACCCUGAUCAGAAUACUGGUUUAAAAGUCAUCGCACAAGCUAAGGUUACAGAUUCUAUCACCCCAACAACACAAAAGCCAAACACCACACCUCUUAAACGGAAAACACCCGAGACAACUGCUGAAACGUCAACUGCCAGUCCAUUUAAACGGCCCUCAGAAUCACCAAAUGGAAACAGAGAGCUUUCUGCAAUUCCAGAAAGAAUUGUUACCACACAGGACAAUCGGAGUGAGGUCCAAGCCACCAGUAUCAAGAGGGUUGAAUGCAACGCUUCCCAGGCUUCUGUAUUUGAUAUUUCUCAGGGUGUAAACAAAAAAGAAUUAGGAGCCCUUCAAACAUUGGAAGAUGAUGAGAAUGUAGACAAGGCUGAGGCAUAUACAAAGGAGCUUGAAGAUAUAUGCAACAUGCUAAGAAAGAAGCACGAGGAAGCGAAGGAACUGUUGGUCCGGUGUAUUGUGAAUAAUAAUAAGCUGCUGAUGCUCAACCAUCCCAUUCAUGAAGAAAAGAUAUCCUUCUUUCUGCCAUUGUUUGCUUCAUGCUUUUGUUUUUACUUUAUUUUUACAUAACUUAUAGUCCCCAAUAAGUUGGCAAGUCCUUCACUUCGUAGAACCUACGCGUGGUGAAAAGAUUUGCUGCUGGGUUGAUGAAGCGAGAGAUCCAAACAUCAUCUUAAAGUUAUUGGUAUUAUUCUCUCUCCCGGUCUCCCUUUCAUAUGCUUAGGUAGUUGGCAGUACUUCACGUCUCUUCUGGGUUAUGUUAUCAGUCUUAUGGGCUGAGGAAGGACAAACUUGUGACCUUUUAUAAUGGAACAACACUGUAAUGGCUCUAUUCUCUCGUCUUGGUAUGAAAUAUUAGAGGUAGAAUGGUAGAUGUACAUGAACUAAAUUGCUACAUUGUGAAAUGGCUUUGAAGUUUCAUCCAAUUCUAAUGAAAACAUCAAGGACAAACAUCACAUUGUCCACCACACUUUUAAAAAAAAUAAUUCUCUGUUUUUUUAGCACUUUGGUUCCAAUAAUAUAGCAAAUGUAGUUAGGAGGCUAGAUCCUCUAAUCAUGGAUGUGAGCAAGCUAGGCCUCUCUUGACUUUUCUUCUUUAAGAAAAGCUCUACAGUUAAAAGUGCCAGAAAAAUGAGGACUUCAAACAAAGCUAUGAUGAGAGCCUCCAAAACUGCUAAAACCAAGGUCGAGGAUAUAUAAUUAAUUAAGUUAAGGUAUAGUAAUUAUAUUAAUGGGGUGGUUGAAGUUAAUAUUGAUAUGCCUCAUCUUGCUUUCAUCUUCUUCUCCAACAAUGGAAGCUCUGCGCCCGAUUAGGGCGGCGAGGGAAGCUUUAGAGGCUCAAUUUCUGAAAAGGUCAGAGAAUAAUAAUCGCAUCGGCACAAAUAAUAAUAAUAAUAAUAAUAAUAAUAAUAAUAAUAAUAAUAAUAAUAAUAAUAAUAAUAAUAAUAAUGAUGUUUGGCCGGAGGAGCGUCUUUGCCCCGGCGGUCCCGACCCUUAUCAUCACUUUUAACAUCUACUCCGUAUUAUUUUUAAUUAAUUACUAUUCUCGUCUCUAAUAUUUGUUCAAUUUUAAUUUUUUAUAGUCAUUCACGUUAAACAUUUGACUAGAAAAAAUUAAACUGGACAAAUACUAGUAAUUAAUUUAUUCAAAGAACACAUCUUCUGCUGUUACGUUAUUCAAGAAUCCAGUUUACGUCCUCUCGUUGAUCGUCUGGCAGUGUCUGAAGGGACCCUCGGGGAUGAGACUCAUCUUUCUCUUUUUCAAAUAUUAUUAUGUAUGUAAAGCGUGAUCAUGCAUAUAGUAUGUACCAUUUUGUAUAUAUAAUUAAUUACCAUUAUCUCCGUGUUUAUCAGGAGAGAAGUAGUAUGUAUUUGGACAGAAAUAAAUAAUUGGUUUUCUU